GAAAAUGUGACGUUUCUCCCCCGACAUCCGGUUUUAAUCGACACGCCGCAAGAAAUCGACUCGAAGAAAUUCCUCCUCUUGAACCCGUUUUUUUUUUUAGCAGAGCUAAACAGACAAAACUAGAAGGGAAAGUGUUUCUCCUGAGUAAUUCCUGACGAUUUAGGAUGUACCGACGGACGGAGACGAUGAGAUAAAUUGUUAGCAAUAAGAUGUGCUUGGCCCGCCGGAGGGGAGCAACAGAAGACAGUGAAACUACAGUGGAGGGAACCAGCAGCUAACCUUCUCAUGGCCUGCCAGUCUGUCUCCAUUAGCAACAUGGACGAGCAGGCCCUGCUGGGGCUCAACCCUAACGCAGACGCCUGCUAUAGGCAGAAGGCGAUGGUGUAUUUUGAGCAGUUGAAGGAGUCCCAGGAUGCCUGGGAGGUGUGUGCAGAGGCCCUGGCUAAAGGCAUUUACAGUGACGACCAUGUGAAGUUCUUCUGUUUCCAAGUCCUGGAGCACCAGAUCAAGUACAGACAUGGAGGUCUCAGUCCUGCCCAGCAACAGCUGAUACGAGAAACCCUGAUGAAAUGGCUGCAGCUUCAGUUAAUGAACUCCCAACCAGAGAAGCCGUUCAUUCGUAACAAGGCAGCCCAGGUGUUUGCUCUGACCUUCGUGAUGGAGUACCUGACCCACUGGCCCAAGUUCUUCUAUGACCUGCUGUCUCUCGUGGGCCUGAACCCACACGGGGUCGACGUCUACCUCAGAACGCUGAUGGCUAUCGACGCUGAGGUGGUGGACAGAGAUAUCCAGCACUCCCCUGAGGAGGUGGGUAGGAAUACGUUAAUAAAGGAUAGUAUGAGGGAGCAGGUCAUCCCCAGCCUGGUUGAGUCCUGGUAUCAGAUCCUUGGGGCCUAUCAGCAGUCUCACCCUGAGAUCACCUGUCAAUGUCUGGAGGUGGUGGGAGCGUACAUCUCCUGGAUAGACCUCAACCUCAUCGCCAACGACAGGUUUGUUAACCUGCUCCUGAGUCAGAUGUCCGUGGAGGACCUGAGAGAGGAGGCGUGCGAAUGUCUGUUUGAGAUUGUUAAUAAAGGCAUGGACCCUACAGACAAAACCAAGCUGGUUGAGUCCCUCUGUCAAGUCCUGCAGUCUGCUGGCUUCUUCAAUGUGGAGGAGGAAGAGGAUGUGGACUUCCUGGCUAAGUUCUCCAGACUGGUGAAUGGGAUGGGUCAGUCUCUGGUGCUGAGCUGGACCAAACAGGCCAAGGGGGGCGAAGUGAAAGACGCCGCCGAGUCGCUGCGCGCCAUCGAGGCAAAGGUUCCUCUGCUCCUCCAGCUGUUGGUCCACGACGACGACGACAUCUCGGCUAACAUCGUAGGCUUCUGCUACGACUACCUGAACGUACUCAAACAGUUUCCGCUGCUGACAGACCAACAGAAGACUAACGUUGAGGCCAUCAUGUUGGCUGUGAUGAAGAAACUCACUUAUGAUGAAGAGUACAACUUUGACAACGAGGGGGAGGAUGAAGCGAUGUUUGUAGAGUACAGGAAACAGUUAAAGAUGCUGUUAGAUCGUCUGGCUCAGGUGUCUCCUGAGCUGCUCCUGGAAGCUGUAGGCAGAGUCUUCAAUAACACCGUGCAGCGGUGGCAGACGGCGUCCUUCAUGGAGGUGGAGGUGGCCAUCAGGCUGCUGUACAUGCUGGGAGAGGCUCUGCCGGCUUCACACGCCCACUUCUCUGGCGACACGGCCAAGACCUCCGCCCUGCAGGAUAUGAUGAGAACGCUCGUCUCCUCUGGUCUCAGCGGGUACCAACACACGUCUGUAUCCCUGGAGUUCUUUGAGACGGUGGUUCGUUACGACAAGUUCUUCCUGGUUGAACCGCAGCACAUCCCCAAUGUCCUGAUGGCCUUCCUGGACCAUCGAGGUCUGAGACACAGCAGUCCUAAGGUCCGCAGCAGAGUGGCCUACCUCUUCUCACGCUUCGUCAAGACGCUGCAUAAACACAUGAACUCCUUCAUUGAAGACAUCCUGUCCAGGAUACAGGACCUGCUGGAGCUGGCUCCUCCUGAGAACGGUUUCCGGGCGCUGCUGACCAGCGAUGACCAGCUGUUUAUCUUUGAGACGGCGGGGGUGCUGAUCGUCCACGGAGAGAGUCCCGCCGAGAGGAAGCAGGCUCUGAUGAGAUCGCUGUUGACCCCGCUGAUCGACGCUUUUCGUCUGCUGCUCGCCAAACUGGCCUCUGAGAGGGAGGAGGAGAGGCAGGCCGCGCUGGCAGACUGUCUCAGUCACGCUGUUGGCUUCGCUAGUCGUACCAGUAAGGCGUUCAGCAACAAGCAGACGGUGAAGCAGUGUGGGUGUUCGGAGGUCUACAGAGACUGUCUGCAGACCUUCCUGCCUGCGCUGAGCUGUCCCGUCCAGAGGGGGGUCCUGCGUAGCGCCGUCCGCUCAUUCCUCCACCGCAUGAUCAUCUGUCUGGAGGAAGAGGUCCUGCCCUUCGUCCCGGCGGCAUCAGAACACAUGCUGAAGGACUGUGAGGCCAGAGACCUGCAGGAGUUUAUUCCCCUCAUCAGUCAGAUUACUGCCAAGUUCAAGGACCAGGUAUCCCCGUUCCUGCAGCAGGUAUUCAUGCCUCUGGUCCUGGCCAUCUUUGAGGUGUUGUGUCGUCCUGCUGAGGACAACGACCAGGCAGCAGCCCUGGAGAAACAGAUGUUACGGAGAAGCUACUUUACCUUCAUACAGACGAUAACCUCCAGCGGGAUCAACCAAGUCCUGGCCAACCAGGGUGUUGAGAACAUAGAGCGUGUUCUGUUCACCAUCAUCCAGGGAGCUGUGGAUUUCCCCGAUCCCAUCGCCCAGAAGACCUGCUUCAUCGUUCUGUCCAAGCUGGUGGAACUCUGGGGAGGUAAAGACGGCAUGGCUGGGUUCCCAGACUUCAUCUAUAAACACAUCGUCCCAGCAUGCUUCCUGGCUCCUCUCAAACCAUCCUUUGAUCUCACAGACGCUCAGACAGUCCUGACGUUGUCAGAGUGUGCGCUCACGUUGAAAAUGAUUCAUCUCAGAAGAGGUCCGGAGUUUAUCCAGUACCUCCAACAGGAGUACCUGCCUUCUCUACAGGUGUCACCUGAAAUCACACAGGAAGUGUGUCAAGUGCUUCAGCAGCCAGACGCCAAGGUCCUCAAAAACUACAUGAAGGCUUUCUUUCAGCGAGCCAAACUGUAAAUACGAAGCGAACUGGACGGAUUGAGAGAGGACACUGGAAACUAAGAGGACACUGGUAGUGAGAUAGUACCAGUCACUACGGACAGUCGGACAGAGGAGACGGAGAGCUUAGCAUAAAGAGCGGCCUUAGCACUUCUGAAGGUAACUGCAUAACCACUCCCAUCCUGUCCACGUGGGAGGGAACGGAGCCAAGACGCAAGGACACGAGUGGUCAAGGAGGCUUUCACUGGGGGUGACCACACCCCCCCCCCCCUUCCACUGAUCCAGGCCCAAUCAAGGACGUGCUCUCCAUCUGGGGCGGCACCCUGGUCAAGUGGAAGAUGUGAUUGGUUGGAUUCUCUGCGAGACAGGAAGUAAACUAGAGUAUAGAAGGGAAGUUGAUGGAACGAGGCUUCCAUAGUAGAAUAUCAACUAUCCAUUUGAACAGGUCUGAAGCUUCCUCUUUCUGUUGGUAAUGAUCCAACAAUGACCUGAACACAAUUUAAUGAUCUAUUACUUUAAAAAUAGUUUUUCUGUUGUUUUAAAAAAAAAAAAAAAAAAAACGUUUUCAAGAUGUCUUUGAUUUGAGUGGUUGAACGAGGAGGUUGUGUUUCUCUCUGCCCUGUGAAUGAAUUGAUGGACAAAAUAUAAAGGCUGGUGGCUUGAUAUUUUCUCUAGAUUUGUAUGUUGUGGAAGAAAUGGAAUGGUUAGGGGUUAGGAUGUGUUUUUCAGUUUGACGCGACGGACAGGGCAGACCGGUGUAACGGUGGAUAACACGCUGCUGGUUUAUUCUGCAUUUACUUUAUCUUCUGUUCCAGUUGUACCCCCCCCGUCCCCCCUGUCCCUCAGAACGUUGUAAAAUAAUCCCUCAGAAUGUUGUCAGGUUGUCCCUCAGAACGUUGUCCCUCAGAACGUUGUCCCUCAGAACAUUGUCCCUCAGAACGUUGUCAGGGUGUCCCUCAGAACGUUGUCUGGUUGUCCCUCAGAACGUUGUCCCUCAGAACAUUGUCCCUCAGAACGUUGUCAGGUUGUCCCUCAGAACGUUGUCUGGUUGUCCCUCAGAACGUUGUCUGGUUGUCCCUCAGAACGUUGUCUGGUUGUCCCUCAGAACGUUGUCCCUCAGAACGUUGUCCCUCAGAACGUUGUCAGGUUGUCCCUCAGAACGUUGUCCCUCAGAACGUUGUCCCUCAGAACGUUGUCCCUCAGAACGUUGUCCCUCAGAACAUUGUCAGGUUGUCCCUCAGAACAUUGUCAGGUUGUCCCUCAGAACAUUGUCCCUCAGAACGUUGUCUGGUUGUCCCUCAGAACGUUGUCAGGGUGUCCCUCAGAACGUUGUCCCUCAGAACGUUGUCCCUCAGAACGUUGUCAGGAUGUCCCUCAGAACGUUGUCAGGGUGUCCCUCAGAACGUUGUCAGGUUGUCCCUCAGAACGUUGUCUGGUUGUCCCUCAGAACGUUGUCAGGAUGUCCCUCAGAACGUUGUCCCUCAGAACGUUGUCCCUCAGAACGUUGUCAGGUUGUCCCUCAGAACGUUGUCCCUCAGAACAUUGUCCCUCAGAACGUUGUCAGGUUGUCCCUCAGAACAUUGUCAGGUUGUCCCUCAGAACGUUGUCCCUCAGAACGUUGUCCCUCAGAACGUUGUCAGGAUGUCCCUCAGAACGUUGUCCCUCAGAACGUUGUCAGGAUGUCCCUCAGAACGUUGUCCCUCAGAACGUUGUCCCUCAGAACGUUGUCAGGUUGUCCCUCAGAACGUUGUCCCUGAGAACGUUGUCAGGGUGUCCCUCAGAACGUUGUCAGGGUGUCCCUCAGAACGUUGUCAGGGUUCAGGAUGUCCCUCAGAACGUUGUCAGGGUGUCCCUCAGAACGUUGUCAGGGUGUCCCUCAGAACGUUGUCAGGGUGUCCCUCAGAACGUUGUCCCUCAGAACGUUGUCAGGAUGUCCCUCAGAACGUUGUCAGGGUGUCCCUCAGAACGUUGUCAGGAUGUCCCUCAGAACGUUGUCAGGAUGUCCCUCAGAACGUUGUCAGGGUGUCCCUCAGAACGUUGUCAGGGUGUCCCUCAGAACGUUGUCAGGGUGUCCCUCAGAACGUUGUCAGGGUGUCCCUCAGAACGUUGUCAGGGUGUCCCUCAGAACGUUGUCAGGGUGUCCCUCAGAACGUUGUCCCUCAGAACGUUGUCAGGUUGUCCCUCAGAACGUUGUCAGCAUGAGUAGGAGUGCUGAUGGAGGACGUAACGAAUAAGAAGAGGUUUGGACUGCUUCUAGAUCACGAGCCCUGAACAAGGUUCUCCUCUACCCUCAGUCCCCUCAGGAAGAACAGGACCUGGUUAAACAAACGUCUGUUUGUUCUGAUCACACGUCAGGAACUGUAUCUCGGUGGGGUGGGGCUUAACAGAAGGUCCACUACAGGGCCCUGGUCAACACUAAUAUAGGGAAUGUGGGGAGGGGGGUGGAGGGCGGCCAUUUUGUGACUGAGCGAAGUCAUCCACUGCACCUUCAACUGGAGAAAUCUGGAGCGGACAGACGAGCGACGUGUUUACCCUCGGUGUUCGUUACAACACCGUCACUUUCAGAAGGAAUUAAGGACUUUACAAGUGGAUCGAAAUGUAAAUAUUACGUUUGUUGUUUUUUUUUAAAGAAGGAAAUAAUAUGUUUGGAUGUAAAUAAAUUAGUUUCAUUGUUUUA